AUGGAAGUCGGCGAACAUUGCGCACUCUCGACUUGCGGCCGACUCUCGUUCCUGCCCGUCUCCUGUCCACUUUGCACCACCAACUUCUGCGAGUCACACUUCCUACCUGAACAGCACAUUUGCGCAAAAGCUGCUUCCACCGGUAAAGUGCUCAGUGACGACGAGCUCAUACGGCGACUCGCAUCUUCAGGAUCAUCUGGACGUCUACCAUGCCAGAAGCGAGGCUGUAAGAAGGUCAGCUUUGGGGUGCAAGGUCUAGCAGCAACUGCUCCUGCCUCUUCUAAUUCAACUUGCCAUUCAUCCACGACGGCACCAGGAAGAGCAUUCACACACGCACCGCCACGCUGCGAGAGAUGCAAAGGUCUCUUCUGCGCAACCCACCGCUCAGCCACCAGUCAUGGCUGUACCGCUGCUGCACCCAUGACGGAAGGGCAGAUGAAGCUCAAAGCCAUGCAAGAUCGUAAGAAGAAAGCAGCAGCUGUGCUUGCUAAGCACUUUCCAAAUCGCAAGGCAUGA